AGAGGCUGAGAACGGUUGCCUCAGAUCCAGGGAUCUCUUUAAACGAUAUCUGAAAAGAGUACUAUUCUUUUUAUGGUUUCCCUGUGAUUCUUGGGACAUCACCUUUCUUGAGUUCUUUCUCAUGACCCUUCUUUUCUCUCCUUUCCAAGUCUUUCUUUUUGUGUUUGAGGAUAAAGGGGUGGUUUCAAAUUUGAUCUAAUUGCGGUUUUCUUCAAGUUUUAUUAUUAUUGGUUGGUGUGGAUAUUAAGUUGUUUCUCUGGUUCUUUCUGUCUUAAGUGUAGUUGAUGGUGGUAGAUAAAGAAGAGUCCAGAGAAGAAGCUGAAAAAGGCAUAAUCAAGUUUUAAAGCAACUCUUUUUGGGUAGUAAUUUCCACAAAGGGAAGUUUGGAUCCACUUGUAGUUGACCAGAUCUGACUAACUCACUUUCCCUUUCACCACCUUUUUGGCUCACCCAUAAGUUGCAUUCCCUGAACCUUUUAUCAUUUUCUUGGACACCUUGAGUUAUUUAAGGCAUGGGAAAUGGCCUGUUAAAGCCCACCGUUGACAUUCCAUUGUCAUUCUUUAUUUCAGAAGAUGAUAGUUUUGUUGAAAAAUGACAGUUUUUGUUGAAAAAUGACAGGCUGUGUGAUUUUCGAGGGUUUGGAGGGUAAUUUUUUGUACUGCCUAGAUAGGGAAUUUGAUGGAGAUGUCUACGACGUUUGUGGUGCCAUUUAGAUUAGGUAAUUCAGUCUGUGAAAACUCUACCUUUGCUACCCGUAUGGACAUCACAAGACUUAAGCAUAUGGCAAAUCCUGCUGGUAUUUUGACGGAUUCUGCAACCAAGGCUACUAACAAGUCAGUUGUUGAUGAGGAUGUGGAUUUUAACUGUGAUGAUACGGAGACUGAAGAAAGUAGCAUAGAGUUGCCACUGAUAGAAGAGGUCAAGGGAGAAGGAGCUACCUCAUUGGAUGUGAUAUCUGAUUGUAAAGUUUGUUGGAUUGCUAGUAAUGAUGUUAUAGCCCAAGAAAGUGAGGAGGAGGAUUCUUUCUCUUUGGAAGGUGAUCAUGUUCUUGAUCUUGAUAGCUGUUGUUCACUAUCGGUGGCAAGUGAGACUAGUAGCCUUUAUGGAGAUGAUUUCCUGGGUUUUGAUUCUACUUCUGAGGUAGGAACACCAAGUUCUGUGGACAACGAGAAAAACAUUUGCAGUGUAGAUAUUAUUGCGAAGGCUACCAAGUUUGUGGAUUUAAACGUUGAAACAAAGGUUGCAAGUGAUCCCAUAAGUGUGGCAGUAAGCAUUGAGGAAGAGAUUGGAGAUGGGUCUGAACAAAAGCUAACUUCAGUGGUUCUUCAACUGGCUCUUGAAAAGGAUCCAAGUACAACAGUUCCAGUUCCACGCAGUGUGUUUGAGGUGGAAUAUGUGCCUCUUUGGGGAUUUACCUCUAUAUGCGGAAGGAGACCUGAGAUGGAAGAUGCAGUUGCUGCUGUACCUCGAUUUUUAAAGGUUCCAAUUCAGAUGCUGAUCGGUGAUCGGGUACUUGAUGGCAUGAGCAGGGGCUUUGCUCGUAAGACUGCUCACUUCUUUGGGGUCUAUGAUGGUCAUGGAGGCUCACAGGUUGCUAACUACUGUAGUGCUCGUAUUCACUCUGCAAUGGCUGAGGAAAUAGAGUUUGUUAAGGAGCGCCUGAGUAAUGAAAGCAUAACAGAAAGCUGUCAAGAGCUGUGGAACAAGGCAUUCACAAAUUGUUUUGUUAAGGUUGAUGCUGAGGUCGGAGGACAAGCUAGUCAAGAACCUGUUGCCCCAGAAACAGUUGGUUCUACUGCUGUUGUUGCCCUUAUUUGUUCUUCUCAUAUUAUUGUAGCAAACUGUGGAGAUUCAAGAGCUGUUCUAUGUCGUGGGAAAGAGGCCAUGGCUUUGUCUGUGGAUCAUAAACCAAAUCGAGAAGAUGAAUAUGAAAGGAUUGAAGCAGCUGGAGGAAAGGUUAUCCAAUGGAAUGGGCAUCGAGUUUUUGGCGUUCUUGCAAUGUCAAGGUCCAUUGGUGAUAGAUAUUUGAAGCCGUGGAUCAUUCCAGAGCCAGAAGUAAUGUUUGUCCCAAGAGUAAAAGAAGAUGAAUGCCUUAUUUUGGCCAGCGAUGGUCUAUGGGAUGUUAUGACGAAUGAAGAAGCAUGUGACAUGGCUCGGAGACGAAUACUUCAAUGGCACAAAAAGAACAGUUCUACGCUGACUUCAGAAAGGGGUGAGACAAUUGAUCCUGCUGCUCAAGCUGCAGCAGAAUACCUUUCAAACCGAGCUCUCCAAAAAGGAAGCAAGGACAACAUCACAGUACUAGUGGUGGAUCUGAAAGCUCAGAGGAAGUUCAAGAGUAAGACAUGAUGGUUUCUCAACCAUACUUGGGUCUUCAACCUUGCUGUAUGACAUGGUUUCAUAUGGUUCAAUAUAGUUUUCCCCACUUGUUCUUCAUGGGAGCUCUAUGGUUUUAUAUGUUAGUAUUAGUCCGUAUGCACCAUUCUAUUACCUCUCUCCAUUGUUUCAACUUUCAGGAAUUUUAAUGGGUAAACCAUGCCAAGUUCUGGCUAUUGUAAAUCUUAGCUGUGCCGUAGGAAAUAGGAGAUUAUGUGAGUUCCAUGCUUUCGACAUUGUGGGAAAUUGUGGUCAUUGUGCCUCCGAGUUAAAAACCACUCUGAGAGGUAUUUGUUUUGUAUUAUUUCAACCGCAUGGUGCUUAUGACGACUAGCAUUCUUGACCUUUUCAUUGGAUAGCUAUCCAUUGAUGGCUUCUGACGAGAUGAUUCUAGUUGUAGCACAAUAAGCCGGCCAAUGCUUAUGGUUUUAGAAGCGUGAUUAUUUUUGGCCAUGUAAGGUGCUUCCUUUCUCAUAGUGCAUGACGUGUGGAAUAUGGGUUUCAAUGUUUAUCACAUUGCCCGACUUCAAAUCUUGAAAUGCAA